UUUGCCGUUUAUCAACACUGUUAUAUUAAUUUGUGUAAACAUUUGAUAAAAUGUCAAAGUGAUGACGUUCCUUAACCAAUUGACAGCUACACGUCUCUGCUGUUUUGAAUGAAGUGACGAAAAAAUAUUUUGCAAUAUUUUUAAUGUUUAAACGACUGGCAAAUCAUUCAAAAAUGCAAAAACGUAUGUAAAAACACCGUUGUUAACAAAUGGGUUAGUUCACAAAAUGUUUCACAAGCAAACGAAAUAAUUUUAGUGCCGCAGAAGUAAACAAAUCAACUGGGUAGGGCAGAUGACAAAAUAUCAGCAACGAAUUUGAAGAAAAUAAAUUAAACAAACACAAUUAAACAAAAUAAUUGCACAGUAAGUAUUAUGGCCACAACAGAAAACACUGGCACUACAACGCUAAAUAGUGGAGAUGAUGUGGUCGAAAUAACGAAAGGUGCCACACAUAUUGGUGCAACGAAACAGAUGUCAGGUGCAUUAACGUUAUCAACAAAUGUGACACGCUGUUGGGAAACUUGUUACUAUUGCCCGUGUGAAACAUUCAAAACUUCAGCCGAUUUUGUCAAGCACUUACGUGAGCGGCAUUGUACGCGUGAAGGCGGCUCAUAUGUUUGCCGUUAUGGCUUCAAUGGCGUAUGUCCUUCGCUGCCACUGGAUGGUGUGUCCGAUCGUGAUUACGAUGCACAUGUUGCUAAAUAUCACGUGAAUCAGCUGACACGUGAGCUACCACCGGAAUGGUCCGUAUUCUCGGCAGCACAAAAUCUACCAGCCGUGCUCAACGAUCCAUCACGUGGUAAACAAAGCAAUCUCUUCACGAAAAAGUGGGGCGACAAUUUCGUUGAGAAAACGUAUAUACCGCACACGCCACGUUUGCCUGAAAUCACAUAUGCAGAUUUCGAUAAAUAUAUAGCGAAAAUUGGUAAACGUUAUAGACGACAUGAACGUAUGUGUGCGCAACAAACACCGGCCGCUUUGGCGGAAAGUGAAGCUAAAACGCCAACCUCACCAACACACGCAGUCAGCCUUAGCACCAUACCGGAGAUAUUUCUAAAAGAGCAAUUGAAUCUGAAUCAUCCAGCGACUUUUGCGCUUGUAUUCCCAAGUAUUGGUGCCAACACCAGCGAGGAGAAUAAACAGUCUGGCCGUGUGCUGCAAGAGCAAUUAUCGCAUUAUUUAGAUAUUGUCGAAGUGAAAAUAGCGCAUCAAGUGUCACAGAAAUCUGCCGCAUUUUUCCAUGCCAUGACCUCACAAGAUGCCAUUAUGGCUGAGAUGAAGGAUGCGGCCAGCAAUGUGCGUGAAUUGCGUGCUUCAUUGCGCACGCUACACCAAUCUGCGGUGGUGGACUCAUUCCGUGUGAUGCGUUUCGCGCAGCGUCGUCAGAAUUUUGAGGAAACACUCGAUAAGCUAAGCCUUAUGGCGACGGUGCAUAAAACACAGCCAAUGUUGCAGCUAUUGCUGGGCACGCAGGAUUAUGUGGCAGCGCUGGAUCUGAUAGGCACCACGCAGGAAAUUUUGACGCAAGAGCUCGUAGGCAUACACUGCUUCAAGCAUUUACCCAUGCAACUAAACGAAAUGGAAAAACUAAUCGACAAAAUGCUCACAACCGAGUUCGAGCGUUAUGCCACUGCGGACCUCAACCGACCGCUAUGCGAUGUGCUCAACGAAACGGAGAGCGUAUGCGCGGAGGAGGACAAACUGGUGUGCAUAGUGAUGGGUUUGCUGCGCAAAAAGAAUUUCUCCUUUGUCACGGCGUACAAGGACGAAGCGAUUGUAACCAUACGUGCCAUCAUCAAGCAGCUCGUUAUCGAGGUGAUAGCUUCCAGCGAUGCCGAACUUUGUCUGACCGGUGCCGGUGAAGAGGCACAAAGUCUCUCGAUCAGCGAAUGGAUUACGCUGCUAAAGAAGGCCACUGUGGCGCUGCUCACCGUGCUGCAACGCAUACGCGCCGUAACGGGCAUAAUGCGGCAGACAACGGAUGCAGCUGCUGGUGGCGCAGUGAAUGGCGCGCAAGAGGGCGCUGUCAAUCUAAUAGACUCGGAAGCAUUUCUAACAUCAGCAGAUCAUGCUAAUGUAACGGAGCGCUUGGAUGAGCUGCUGGUGGCGGUAUGCAACUACUGUCAUGAGCGUUGCGCGAAUCUGGUGUCAACGCAAAGUUUGGAGCGCACCAUAGCGACGGCGGAUGAGAUCGAACAGCUGACCGCAAUUGUAGAUGAGUUCAGUGCGGGUUGUGAGGAGAUUUGUGGCGCACCCAGCGUGCCACUGAAGGUCGCCGCCAAAGUGCAAGCCUCACGCUUCGCCAAUCACUUUCACUCGGAACGCAAGCGCAAACUGGCUUUACUGCUCGACUCGGAACGUUGGCGGCAGGUCGACAUACCCAAUGAGUUCCAAAAGAUUAUCGAUCGCAUGGGCGCGCAAGACUUCCAGCAGCCGGCGAGCAAAUCCUUUGCCGACAGCCUAGGCGCCACAAUAAACGGACACAGUAAUAACAACAGCAAACCACAAGCCAAUCCCGUGCUGCUCGUCGAAGGCAAACCAUUUACACUAGUCAGCGCCGCGCUGCUGCUAGUGCAAAUGCUCAGCGAUUACUGUCACUGCGCCACGCGUCUACCCAUACUGGCGAGCUACUUGUCGCGCAACGUUGUCGAUUUGCUGCGCACCUUCAAUUCACGCUCCUGCCAGCUGGUUAUUGGCGCUGGCGCUAUGCGCGUAGCCGGCCUCAAAACCAUAACCAGUACCAAUCUGGCAUUGGUGUCGCGCGCGCUGCAACUUGUGCUCUGGCUCUUGCCGAAAAUCAAGUCACAUUUUGCCACCUACGAUGCGCACGCCGUGUCCGGUUUUGAUUCGAUGGAAAAGGAUUUUCACAGUCACAUCAAAGAAAUUGAAAAUAAAAUUUACGGCAUCGUCACGGAGCGCGUCUCUAUGCAGCUAGAGCAAUGGGAUGCACGUCCACCGAUACCGUCGCAAACGUUUCGUAAUAUUUCGCGUCAUUUAGUGAAGUUGCACGAGGCGAUUGCGCCCAUACUACCUGAAAUGCAAAUACACUUGAUCUACGGCAUUGUGCAUCGCAAUUUCAAGGAUAAGCUUAGAGAGCAACUGUUGAAAUUGAACAUCAUCAAUAAUGGUGGACCGCAACAUGGCGUUGUGACAUCAGAGCUGACUUUUUAUAUGGAAACGUUGCGCACGUUGAAGGCAUUGCCGCCAGUUGAUUUGGGCGACGACAUACUGGAGCUGAUAUGGACGUUCUAAAAUGUUCUAAAUGUGGUUGCAUGCCACAAAUGUUGGUGUAUGCCACAAAUGUUGUUGAAUGCAUGAAAUGUUGUUGCAUGUCACAUUUUUUGUUGCAUGCCACAUUUGUUGUUGCAUGCCAGAUUUUUUGUUGCAUGCCACAAAUGUUGCUGCAUGCCACAACUGUUGCUGGAUGUUGGCACAAAUGAUGCAGCGUGCCACAAAUAUGUUGCAUACCGCGAAUAUGUUGCAUGCUGCGAAUGUUGUUUCAUGCCACAAGUUUUGUUGCAUGCCACAACUGUUGUUGCAUGUUGCCACAAAUGUUUGUUGCAUGCCACAAGUUCUGUUGCUUGCCACAACUGUUGUUGCAUGUUGCCGGAAAUGUUUGUUGCAAGUUGCCACAAAUGUUUGUUGCAUGCCACAAAUGUUGUUGCAAGUUGCCACAAAUAUUGCUGCAUGCCACAACUAAUGUUGCAUGCCACAAAUGUCGCAACUAUUGUUGCAAGCCACAAAUGUUGUUUCACACAACAAAUUUUGUUGCAUGCCUCAACUGUGUUGCAUGCCACAAAUUGUCAUCACAGUGGCUUUGAACGUUGCACCUAAUUUUCUUUGUUGUUGCACUAAUUUAAGACAAUUGUUUUAACAUUCUUAUGAUUACUAUUAUUAUUAUAUUAUUAUUGUUGUGGUAAUUUUACUCACCACUGUACUUCGGUUCUUAGUUAAUGUGCAAGUUCCCUCCUUGUUUGUAUUUUAAGCUAACAUUGCCAAGUCCCCAAAGGGGUGCAGCAGCGUGCAUAGAAUUGUAAAAAUUUAACAUGUUGUUGUUGCUAUCAACCAUAAGUAUACAAACAUAUUUCCUGUAACAGGAUUCGCAUUUGGGUGUUGGUAUUGCGUAACUGCAAGUCACUCACUGGCAGCUUUUAGUGAAAUUUUUAAAACCCUAGCUGGAAAACAAAACGUUGAAAAGUAAAUUAUAUUAGUAUAUACACACAUUUAAGGCAUAAGUUUCGCUAUACAUACAUACAAUACGAUUAUGAACAAUAACAAUAAUUAUUAGGAAUAUGUUUAAAAGCCGAUAAAUGCAUAUAAAUAAUUAUAAAUGAUUACUAGUAGUAUUUGCUUGUACUUAGGCUUCUACAAACUAGAAAGGAAAAGAAAACCCUCGAAAAUUUUAAUAAACACACCAUCACGUGUCGUAUUAUGUAUAUGUAUGUAUUUUACGUUCUGUGCAAUUAAAUUGUUUAAGCUAAAGCAUAUUAUAUAGUAUAAUUCUGCAUAUAAUGAAAAACGACCAAACAUUUAUAUAGAAAUAAAAUAUAACGAACGGUAAAAAACAC